CAGAAUAAUGAAUUGGGCUAUUCUAUUUCCCGUUCUGGAGCUAAUCACCAUUGUUUACUCCGUAUCAGCGGAAUCUAGUGAAGAAAUAGGCGAGCGUAUAUUUGGCUUUGCAGAAACAACCCAAGGAUGUUCAAGGCCUCCAAAAACCCAAAAAGAAAUAAUAAUUGGUGAGACGUAUUAUUUACUUUGCAGGCAUUUUGAUCCUGAAUCUCGAGAUCGGAUAAUAGAAGCCGUUCAAAUGCCCGAUUAUAAAGAAAAAAUAAAGGACCAAAAAAAGACAAUAGAGCUUUUGGACUAUUGUUUUACAAUAAUGAAGCCAAAAUUCAUGUCUUGCUUCAAGUAUGUCUUCGACGGCUACGAUUUAGCGGGGAUUGAAAGCCCUCCAGAGUGUUUAAAAAAUCUUACAAUUUUUCCCGAAGCAAAUUUACAAUUUUUCUGGCUCAAAAAUUUCAAAUUAGUCAUAACUUUUAUUGAAGAAGUAAUAAAAGGUUACAAAAUCUUCAAUCCAGCGCGUGAAAUAGUGGAAAAAUUUUUAGAGCAAGGAAUAUUUGAUCGCUGGCAAAAAUUUAAAUUAUUUUCUUAUGCAAAAAUAAAAAUCGCCGGUUGGAAUUCUUCGAGGAUAGAAGAUAAAAAUAAGAGAUUGCAUAAAAUACUUGAAGAUCCUCCGCGUCUUAUAGAAGUAUGUAAACUCUCAGAGGAAUGGUUAAGCCGUCCGAAAGAUUUUAAAGCCAACGAUUGCUUGCGACAAAUAAUGGGAAAUAUUUUGAUAAUCGAGCAUCUUUUGCAGCAACAAGGACUGACAUUGGAGAGUGAAUUUAUGGAGGAUGAAGAUUUAUUGCCUUUACAUCUGUUGCACGUCACUAAAAGUAUUCUCGCUAAAAAAGAGAACGAGAAUAAUUCCCGUAGAUCACUUUCGCAUAAAAAGAAAAAAUCACCUUUUGCAAGCACGGUUAAGCUUCAGGAAAUAAAAGCGAUGAAUGUUAAAUGCUUGGACGAGUUACGGGAAAGAUAUGACAAAGAGAAAAAAGAUAAAUUAUCAGAAUUGCUCCAUGAAGAACACUUAAAAGAAUGCCUUGAUAGUUUUGUUAACAAAACGGAAUCCGCUGGCAAGUCGACGAAAAAAUUGCUGCUGAAAACAAUUCAUGCGGACAAACAGGAAGAUGUAACUCACGCUGAGAAAAAAUUGAUAAAAUCAAUGAUGCGCUCUUACAGAAGAAUGAUGCCUCUUCAACCGGCGAUUGAUAAUAUUGUUGAGCAAAGCAUUUCUGGAGAUCCUUUUCAGUAUCCUUGGGCGAAUGAUGUCAUAAGCAAGUAUCAAAAGUCAACAAUACCCAACAAGUAUGCAAAAUUGGACAACGCUGUUCGCUCGGGGACUUCUUUUAGUAUGUCUUCCAGCACUUCUUGUAAAAAAGCUCCUGGGACUAGAAGGAAGAGCUGCUGGUCUAAUUACAUCCAGCAAAAUGCGCUGGUGGAAAAUAAGCUUAAGAAUGACGGCAUGAGCUUGGAGUAUGUCUAUAUGGGCGAUCCGUUUCGCAUGAAUUUGAUUUACUCGAUAGAUCAGUCACUCAAGAGGCAUCGGAAUGGACAAGGUAGGGUUAUCGGUCAAUUUCGCGUUGAAAUCAAUCCUGAAGAGUUGGUUGAUGACCAAUUGUUGGAUACUCUUGCGGAUGAUCAGCUUGAUGUUCCGGAUGAUUAUAAUAGUGCGGAUGAGGGAAAGGAGGGCAGCGGGGAUGAUGAUGAGGAUGAGGAUGAUGAUCAUGAUAGUGAUGGGGAUGGUACGACACCUAAUUCUUGA